AUUUUCGGUUCGCGUGAUCUUGUAGUCGUGGUUAAAGGUUCACUGCAAUUAAAAUGCAAAUCCUUAAUUAUGCGAAAGCCACGACCUGCAUGAGUUGAUUCAGUUCUCGGAAAAUGGCAAAAAUCGUUAAAACUCCAGAAUCGCUCACCUCGAUUCUGCUUUGUGAACACUGCCCUAACCUCAAAUUUAAACACGUCCAAGAUUUUGUACGACACCUUCGAGACCAGCAUUGUGUUCGAGAAGGUGGUUCCUUCGUCUGUCGAUAUGGUUACAAUGGAGUGUGCUCGAGUCUUCCAGUGGAAGGUGUUUCUGACAAGGAUUACGUAGCUCACGCCACAAAACACGCAACAAUGCAGCAGCAAAAAAAGGCCAAUGGCCAGAUUUCCGAGCCUUCAUCGUCCUGGUCAGUUUAUUCAGCUGCGCAAAAUUUGCCAGCUGUCUUGAACGAUCCUAAUAAAGGAAAACAGAGUAAUUUCCUCACGAAAACCUGGGGCGACUCCUUCGUCGAGAAGGUCGAUAUUCCAAAGAGUCCUUUUUUACCGGAAGUUACAACCCAGCAUUUUGAGUCCUACUUGAAAAAAAUCGCUCGAAGGUACAGGAAACAUUCUCGUAUGAAUUCGAGUCUAAAUCGACCUACUUCACCAAAUGAGCUCUCGCAGAAUUUUCCAAAUCUUAGAAAAGUCAAAUCUCCAGCUAAUAAUGGACCAACAGAUCGGACACAAUUCGAUUUGGCGAGGAUUCCUAAAAUAUUUUUAAGUCCGAACCUUGAUCUCUCGAAGAAAGAAAAUUUUGACGCAGUAUUUCCCUUUGCGAAAGAUGGUUUAUUUGAUCAUAGCGGAAAUGUCAGUAUUCACGCGAGAACAAUGCAAGAGCAGUUGAGCCAAUAUUUGGAUAUUGUGGAAGUGAGAAUAGCGGAACAAGUGGCUUCGAAAUCUCAUGCAUUUUUUCACGCCAUGACAUCUCAUGACGCCUUGAUGGAACAACUCACCCAGACAAUUACGGUUCUAAAAGCACUUAGGAAAAACAUCCAUCAAAUUGAUGACAAUCAUGUGAAAGAUUCUUUCAAGAUUCUAAGAUUGGAACAGGCUAGAUCGAAUCAUCUGCUGGUGCAGGAGAAGCUGAAGCUGAUGGCGACUGUUCACCAGAGUCAGCCUAUGAUUCAAUUGUUGCUCUCGACUCCGGACUAUGUGGCUGCUCUUGAUCUCAUUUCGACUACUCAGGAAAUUCUGCUACAGGAAUUGAACGGAGUACACAGUUUUCGACAUUUGGGAUCACAGCUAAGCGAGAUGGAAAAACUAGUUGAUAAAAUGUUAUCGACAGAAUUUGAAAGAUACGCAACUGCGGAUUUAAAUCGACCUUUAGGAGGAGACAAUAGUGUUCAGGAUGGGGACAAAUUAGUGUCUAUAAUUUCUGGACUACUGAGGCAGAAGCAUUUUCAAUUUGUGGAUACUUAUAAGGAAGAGGCUGUGACGGCCGUGAGAGCAGUGACAAAACAAAGAGUGAUUGAAGCUUUAGCAGCGAGUGAUUGCUGCAGCGACCAGCAAGCCGCUGCCUUAGAAGUUGGAGGCCUAUCACUGGCAGAAAGACUCACACUUCUGUAUAACACGAUUCAGUCCCUGACGUCUCUUCUUCAUCGAAUAAAAGCAGUUCAGAGCGUGAUGCAAGAAACGGCAGAUUUAUCUUCGGGUCGAUUGCCCGACGGUUCCACCGACUCAUCCCUAACCGAUUAUUUUUUAUCAUACGAGGAACACAUCCGAGUCACGAACAAACUGACCGACAUGUUGACCUCGAUCUGCGAUUAUUGUCACGAGCGAUUGGGAAAUUUGCUAUCGGCGAGUCCCUCGGAAAAGGAAAAGUCAGCGAAUGAAAUUUCCAAGCCCGGGGAAAAGGAGAGUCCCUCGGGGAGUGAAAAAUCGUCCUGGCUGAGUGAACGGGCGACGACGGCUCAGGUUUGCAGAUUGGCAAAUAUGGUCGAUUGUUUCACUGAAACUUGCGAGAAGAUCUGUGGAAAACAAUCAACGGCCUUACGCUCAGCUUUCAAAGCCCAGGCUAGUAAAUUUGUCCAGCGAUUCCACACCGAGCGCAAAACCAAACUGAGUCUUCUUCUCGAAUCCGAAAGAUGGAAACAGGCAGAUGUGCAACCCGAAUUUCAGACGCUAAUCACGUUUCUUUAUGAAAAUAAAUAUUUCCCGGAGCUUUUCAAUCACGAGAGCCAGGUACCGAAGGAAAAUUCUUCGAGUUGCAUUUUGAUCGGAGAUGAAAAAUAUGCAGUUGUGGGAGCUGCGCUUAUUCUUAUUCAAAUUAUACACGAAUAUUGCAGAACGGCUAGUGAAUUAACUGCACUUUCGGGAACGAUUGGUCGCCAAUUAGCGGAGCUUUUGCGACAUUAUAAUUCCCGAUGUUGUCAACUUGUUUUAGGAGCUGGUGCCAUGAAAGUUGCUGGUUUGAAAACUAUAACUAGCACGAUUCUCGUUCUAGCGGCUCGAAGUUUAAAACUUAUUCUCUGGAUAAUGCCCUUCGUCAAAGCACAUUUUCAAGGUCUAGCGGAAAUAAGUACAAAUCGUUCGUCAGUCGUGGGACUUUCUGGAGCGACCGGAGGCGUCGCUUUAUUGGAUACCGUAGAAAGAGACAUUCGAUCUCACGUGAGGGAAAUUGACGGAAAAAUCCUGACGAUUGUUGACAAUCUUUUGAACAGCCAAAUUUCGAAUUGGACCGCCAAACCGCCAGUGCCAUCGCAGCCGUUCAGGACAAUUUCAAAACACUUGGCGAAGCUCCAUGAAGCCGUUUCCGGAAUUUUACCCCCCGCCGAAGUCCAGCUUCUUUAUCGGACAGUAAACACAUCCUUCAAGGAAAAAUUGCGAGAGCAACUCGUGAAAAUGAACAUUGUGAACAACGGUGGCCCCCAGCACGGAGUUGUCACCUCCGAAUUAACAUUUUACAUCGAAGCCCUUCGGAAUUUAAAAGUUUUGCCUCUCGAGGAACUAAACGACACCUGGGUAAAUGACAUCUGGACCAGAUAACAUGCAGAGCGAGUGGUUUACUGCAUUUUAGAGGCGCUCAAGUACUACAGAAAGAGAUGACUAUCGUUCAAACUUAUCCUUCUCGCGAAUUUCAAUGAAAGAGAAAAAAAAUGAGGUUCAAAAUCACUUUUAGAACGGAUAUUAGAUUUUUCUUUAUCGAAAAAAUAGUGUGAUAGUAGAUUUUUUAUUUAUUUAAUUUUUAUUUUGAUGCAAACGGCGAAAGAAAUGCCGAUUUUUUUAAUUUCAGGUUUUAUUAUCUAGAAAAAAUUUUUCUUGUACUUUCCGUCACUUUUAUUCAAUGAAGAGCGGUAUUGGGAAUAGUGGUUUAAUAUUUCGCCACCUGGUGUCGAAAACUGAAACUAGAAAGAGCAGGUACAAUUUUAAAGAUGUAUUU